AUGCUUCCUUUGCUGAUUGUUCUGCUUGUUCGUGGAUGUAAAGAUCUGGCCACUGACGUGGGUCGACGACGUAGUGAUGCGCAAAUUAACCGCCGCCCCUGUGACAUUCUCACUCCUGAGGGAUUCAAAACAGUUAAAUGGAAAGAUGUUUGUGUUGGUGACGUUCUCCGAGUUCAUAAGGACCAGGUCAUUCCUGCUGAUCUGCUCCUACUUUGCAGCACUGAACCAUACAGUCUUUGCUACGUAGAAACAGCAGACAUUGAUGGAGAAACCAACUUGAAAUUUCGCCAGGCUUUGACUGUUACUCAUUCUGAGCUGAAUGGAGAUUCAGCUGAGCAAAACCUGGCAGCAUUUGAUGGUAUUGUGCGAUGUGAAGAACCAAAUGGUAACCUGCAUUCGUUCAAAGGCGAGUUUCAUUGGAAGGGAGAGCGCCACCUUCUGGGCACUGAUCACCUGCUGCUCCGAGGAACUGUACUGCGAAACACAGACACUGCCUAUGGACUGACCAUAUACACAGGCUCAGAUAGUAAAAUACUUCAAAACUGUGGGCGUCUUAAACUGAAGAAAACCCAUGUGGAAGUACUGCUUAACAAAACCGUAUUGGUGAUUCUGCUCUUCAUGCUGACCACAGCUCUCCUCCUGGCCAUUGGUUCUGGGAUUUUCGAGUACAGGAUUUCCCCGAAUUAUGAUGUUGUUUCCACUGUACAGCGCGACUCGUCUCCUGCCUAUCAGGGCUUCCUAACAUUUUGGGGCUACAUCAUUUUACUGAGUCCCUCUAUGCCCAUGUCUCUCUAUAUCACGUUUGAAGUGAUCCACAUGGUGCACUGUCUUCUAAUUGGCUGGGAUGUUGAGAUGUAUUGGGAGGACACCAACUGCCCUGCUCAUGCUCGCACAACCACCCUGAAUGAGGAGUUGGGUCAGGUGGGCCACCUCCUCAGUGACAAAACUGGCACACUAACGCAAAACUGCCUGCUUUUUCGCCAGUGCUUCAUCGCUGGACAUAUUUAUGGUGACAUAUCACAGAAGUUCAAGCCUUUAGACUUGAGCUGGAACCGGUUCUCCUGUGGUGGAUUGAAGUUUUCCGACCAGCGCUUGGUGGACAAGCUGCGUGGACGAGGCAGCCUUGAGUGCCACGAGUUUUUCACCGCUUUGGCCCUUUGCCACACUGUCAUGAGCGAGUGGAAGGAUGGUUUACCUCACUACCAGGCUGCAUCUCCAGAUGAAGAAGCUCUGGUUUGUGCAGCUCGAGAGCUGGGCUGGGUGUUCCUCUCCCGGACACGUGACACUCUCACCAUCAGCGAGAUGGGCCUCACGCGAAACUAUCAGCUCCUGGCCCUUCUGGACUUCACCAGCAAGAGGAGACGCAUGUCAGUGCUGGUGCGUAGCCCUGGAGGACAGUUAAAGCUGUACAGUAAGGGUGCAGAUAUUGUCAUUCUGGAGAGGCUUCAGAAGGAUUGGCCACUUCAGGAGAGCACAGACAGAGCUCUAGAGCUGUUUGCUCAGAGCUGUCUGAGGACUCUGUGUGUGGCGGUGCGCCCGGUUCCUGAAGCCCUGUGGACGGAGUGGAGCCGAGCUCUCAAUCUGGCGGGCACAGCCACGGGUAACCAGGAGACGCUGCUGGAAGAGAUAUAUGAUCAAAUGGAAAAAGACUUAAUGCUGUUGGGGGUGACCGCCAUUGAGGAUCGCCUUCAGGAAGGUGUGCCCGAGACCAUCGCCACCCUGCGGCGGGCGGGGGUGAAGGUGUGGGUGCUGACAGGAGACAAAACAGAAACUGCUGUGAAUGUGGGAUAUGCAUGCAAACUGAUGGAUCCAGACACAACUCUCAUUCAAGGGGAGGAGCUUAGGCAGCUCCUAGAGUCUCCAUCUCCAAAUGUUGAUGUCAAAUAUAAAGAGCCAGAGGUUUGGAUCACAGACAAAAAAGCAACGAUGAACAAAGCUGCGCUGGUCAUCUCAGGUCCAGAACUGGCAGAAUUAACCAAAUCACCGGAAUGGGGGGCAAAGUUUGUUGCUCUAUCUGGCCAGUGCCAGUCUGUGCUGUGCUGCCGAGUUACUCCAGCUCAAAAGGCCGAAGUUGUCGAGAUGGUCAGGAAGCAUUCGGCUUCUAUUACAAUGGCAAUUGGAGACGGCGCCAAUGACGUCAACAUGAUUAAGACGGCUCAUAUUGGCGUGGGUCUCUGCGGUGUGGAGGGAAGUCAGGCGGUGCUGAAUGCAGAUUUUGCUCUGGCGCAGUUCAGUUUUCUCCGCAAGCUUCUGCUUGUGCACGGCCACUGGUCAUACUACCGCAUCAGCAUCCUCCUGCGCUAUUUCCUCUACAAAACCACAGCUUUUGCUUUGGUGCACACAUGGUACAGUUUCUACAAUGGCUUCAGCGCUCAGCCUAUGUAUGAGAGCUGGUAUAUUAGCCUCUUCACAACAACAUACACAUCGCUGCCUAUACAGUGCACAGGGAUUUUUGAACAGGACGUGAGUGCCAGGAGUUGUUUGCGCUGGCCGGAGAUCUACUCGAUUGGACAGAAAAAGCAGCUGUUCAAUCCUUCAGUUCUGGCAUUCACACUUCUUUACUCCUUCUACUCCUCCAUCAUCUUUUUCUUCGUCCCUAUGGGAAUCUUGCAGUACUCUGCUCUCGAUUUCCAGACUUUAGCCAUUACUAUUGAGACAUCUGUGCUGUUUGCAACCACUUUGGAGGUUAUUCUUUGCACAAAAUACUGGACCAAGUGGAGCGUUGCAUCUGUCAUUUUUAGUGUAGUGGCUUUCUUUCUGUCCACACUGGCUCUCCAUAGUGCUCGACUGUUCACCGCCUCACCUAAAGACUACUUCUUUCUGGGAGCAUCGCAAAAUGCUUACAGCACUCCUGAGGUCUGGCUGGCCAUAUUUGUGACCACCUGUGUUGCAGUCCUUCCCUCAAUAACAACACGAGCCUUGGGUGUUGUGCUAGCAAACCCCAACAAACACAAGAUCCACAGCUCAGCAAAUGAACCUGUAGAGCUUCAGUCGUGGUUUCAGAGAGGUACUGUUCAGCGUCGUUCAUCGUAUGCUGUUUCCCAAGGGAAAGGUUUCGGAAAGUUAAUCACCACAGGAGUUGGUCUUCCCUCAGCAGCGCCUCGACAGGAUGGGAGAGUUUCGGCGGAAGGCCUGAAGAAUGAAUCUCCAAAGGGUUUACACAUAGAAAUGAAUAGUGCUGGUGUGUCAUGCUAGCAUCUUCAGUCAUGAUAAGAUUGGGAUUAGUGAAUGUAAUAUCAAGGAUCUGUGCUUGACAAUCCUGGGGCUUUUGGUGCAUUUCCAAA